AACUUAUCCCGAAGCUCCAAAGCAAACGUCUUUUACUUCUUCGCCGGGGACGCUGCUGUGCCACCGCUGCCUCCCUUUCGCAUUCUGCUGGGCUCCGUCAGCCGCUGAGAUUAGAAAGUAUUAUGAGGGAGGCCGAGGACUUCAUGCUCCGGACAGAGAAACGGCUCUGGGAUUAGGGAUUGCCACUUCCGAGAGGAUGCUGGGAAUCUGCAGGGGGAGACGGAAAUUCUUGGCUGCCUCGUUGAGUCUUCUCUGCAUCCCAGCCAUCACCUGGAUUUACCUGUUUUCUGGGAGCUUCGAAGAUGGAAAGCCCGUGUCUCUGUCUCCGCUGGAGUCCCAGGCGCACAGCCCCAGGUACACAGCCUCCAGCCAGCGGGAGCGUGAGAGCCUGGAGGUGCGCAUGCGCGAGGUGGAGGAGGAGAACCGCGCCCUCCGCAGGCAACUCAGCCUGGCCCAGGGCCGAGCCCCAGCCCAUCGCCGAGGCAAUCACUCCAAGACCUACUCCAUGGAGGAGGGCACUGGAGACAGCGAGAACCUUCGGGCUGGCAUCGUGGCAGGCAACAGCUCCGAGUGUGGGCAGCAGCCGGUCGUGGAGAAAUGCGAGACAAUCCACGUUGCUAUUGUCUGCGCCGGAUACAAUGCCAGCCGGGAUGUCGUCACCCUGGUCAAAUCCGUCCUGUUCCAUAGACGGAACCCUCUGCACUUCCACCUUAUUGCCGACUCCAUUGCGGAGCAGAUCCUGGCCACGCUCUUCCAGACCUGGAUGGUGCCCGCCGUGCGUGUGGACUUCUACAAUGCAGACGAGCUCAAGUCUGAAGUUUCCUGGAUCCCCAAUAAACAUUACUCUGGGAUUUAUGGUCUGAUGAAGCUUGUGCUGACCAAGACUCUUCCUGCCAACCUGGAGAGAGUCAUCGUCCUUGACACGGAUAUCACCUUUGCCACCGACAUUGCAGAGCUGUGGGCUGUGUUCCACAAGUUCAAAGGUCAGCAAGUCCUGGGCUUGGUGGAGAACCAGAGUGACUGGUACCUUGGAAACCUGUGGAAAAAUCACCGCCCAUGGCCAGCCCUUGGAAGGGGCUACAACACAGGGGUGAUCCUGUUACUUCUGGAUAAGCUGCGGAAGAUGAAAUGGGAGCAGAUGUGGAGGCUGACCGCAGAGAGGGAGCUCAUGGGCAUGCUGUCUACAUCCUUAGCUGACCAGGAUAUUUUCAAUGCCGUCAUCAAACAAAACCCCUUCCUUGUGUACCAGCUCCCCUGCUUCUGGAAUGUGCAGCUGUCGGACCACACCCGCUCCGAGCAGUGUUACAGAGACGUGUCUGAUCUAAAGGUCAUUCACUGGAACUCCCCCAAGAAGCUCCGGGUGAAGAACAAGCACGUGGAGUUUUUUCGCAACCUCUACCUGACUUUCCUGGAGUAUGACGGCAAUCUUCUGAGGCGGGAACUGUUUGGCUGCCCCAGUGAGGCUGAUGUCAACAGUGAAAACCUCCAGAAGCAGCUGUCUGAGCUGGACGAGGACGACCUGUGCUAUGAGUUCCGGCGAGAGCGCUUCACUGUCCACCGUACCCACCUGUACUUCCUGCACUACGAGUACGAGCCUGUGGCAGACAGCACGGACGUCACCCUGGUCGCUCAGCUGUCCAUGGACAGGCUCCAGAUGCUGGAGGCCAUCUGCAAGCACUGGGAGGGGCCCAUCAGCCUGGCCCUCUACCUGUCAGACGCCGAGGCCCAGCAGUUCCUCCGCUAUGCUCAGGGCUCCGAGGUGCUUAUGAGCCGCCACAACGUGGGCUACCACAUCGUGUACAAGGAGGGCCAGUUCUACCCUGUGAACCUGCUGCGCAACGUGGCCAUGAAGCACAUCAGCACUCCCUACAUGUUCCUGUCUGACAUUGACUUCCUGCCCAUGUAUGGGCUCUAUGAGUACCUCAGGAAGUCUGUCAUCCAGCUCGACCUUGCCAACACCAAGAAAGCAAUGAUCGUCCCCGCAUUCGAGACGCUGCGCUACCGGCUCUCCUUCCCCAAGUCGAAGGCGGAGUUGCUGUCAAUGCUGGACAUGGGGACCCUCUUCACAUUCAGGUACCACGUCUGGACGAAAGGCCACGCACCCACAAACUUCGCCAAGUGGCGGACCGCCACCACGCCUUACCGGGUGGAGUGGGAGGCCGAUUUUGAGCCGUAUGUUGUCGUGAGACGCGACUGCCCGGAGUACGACCGGAGGUUUGUAGGCUUCGGCUGGAACAAAGUGGCGCAUAUCAUGGAACUGGAUGUGCAGGAGUAUGAAUUCAUUGUGCUGCCUAACGCCUACAUGAUCCACAUGCCCCAUGCCCCCAGCUUCGACAUUACCAAGUUCCGUUCCAACAAGCAAUACCGCAUCUGUCUCAAAACCCUCAAGGAAGAGUUUCAGCAGGACAUGUCCCGCCGCUAUGGCUUUGCUGCCCUGAAAUAUCUCACAGCCGAGAACAACAGCUAGCACCAAGACGCCCACCACUAGGGGGAGACAUGCUGCAGGGGAAGUGCCACUCGCUGUUUGGGGCCCAGCCUUCAAAUUCAAAAUUGAGCCAUGCUUUUUUGGUUUGUUUUUAUUUAUCUCUUUGGCCCAGCCAAGCUGCCCUCACUACAGAGACCUUGCACAAGGAUCCAGCCAGUCUGUCUCUGCCCCACAACCCUGCAUUCCCAGAGGUUAGAUAUGCAGCCCACCUAGAUGAGUCUCUUCAAGAAUGGGAAAUCAAGGGGUGAGAGGGAGUAAAAGGGUUUUCAUCUUACUGCAAAGCCACAAGAUCAAGGCAGGGCUUUAGGAUGUUCUGGUUGCUUUUUAAUAAUUAUACUUCGCAUCAUAACUAGGGAGAAAGGGAAGUCAGGGUGCUAGGGGUUAUUCGUCCCAGGAAAUAGAAGCGAAAUUGUCUUUGUUUAGUGGAAACUUUCCCCUUUGCCCUGCAAUGUAGUUGGGCAUUCAAACGGAGGGGAAACCAAUGACCUGAACCAACCACAUGGAAAAACCCAAUGGGGACAUCGUAGCCAGGGGGUCCUGGAGGUGAGGUCAAUGGGUUUCCUUAUCCCCAAAGUCACUCCUGUUUUGUUUUUAUUUGUUUUUCUUUGGGGAUUUUGUUUGUUUAUUUUGGGGACUGGCAAUCCAAAACAGAAAAUCUGAUCCUUUGAGGCUCUGCAGGAAAAUCAGCUGCCUCUACCAAUCACCCUCUAUCAGCAGUGGCCCGGGAAGGAGAUCAACCAUCUUCGGCCAAUAUUGAAACAUGGGCAGCUUCCUUCAGGAUGAUCACCGAGGCUCCCGUGACUUUGAACUCCCUACUGUCCAGAAUCCAGGGGCCACGAUGGGGACUGCGGAAUUACGAGGGCUGACUGUUUUACACCGGUCACAUUUUCUAUUGGCAGUGACUGAUUCAUGGGAAAGGGCUUUGAAGGAACUAUUUCAGUGCACACGCAAGGUACGAACCUCUCAGGCCUUUAGAAGAACUUUAAUAACUCAUGCAAGCCCAGUUCUGAAGAUCAACGUAUCCAUCUAGAGACCUACAGGAAGAACGCGAUUGGGUUCCUCUGGUUCUUGCCUGCUUCACUGUGGAUGGGAAGAGGUGACAACCUCAGUCUCCCUUUGGGACUUGGCCAAGGGUAGGCAACCACCUUCACCUUCACACAGAUUGAGGAGACACUGGACUUUUUACCCAUUUUCUUUAAUCUUCAAUAUUAAUGUUGUGUUUACAUUGAUGAGAACGAGAGUUAAUGCCCUACCCUCUGCUGGGCUGUUUGUAUUGAGUUGCAAUGUGACCAGCGAAAGCUGCAUUUAAUAAAUGAAAGUACAGACUGUU